GCGGGCGGAGGUGGAGGCGGGAGAAGCGCGCGUUGUUGUGCUCCCGACUGUCGGCUCCGGGGCGAUGGCGAUCGUUGAGGCUCGGGCUGUGAGCGGGGCCUGAGCGGCGAGGCCCGGGCCUUCCCAUGGCGAGAACCACGAGCCAGAUAUAUGAUGCUGUUCCCAUUCAAUCCAGUGUGGUGCUCUGCUCACGCCCCUCUCCACCCAUGGUGAGAACUCAGUCUGACUCCAGCACCCCGCCUGCCGUCACGGGCACCAGCAUGGACAGCAGCGCGGCCCAGCCCAGGCCGGCCGUCAGCUCGUUACCGCAGGCAGCGGCACCGGCUCAACCACACGCGGGGCCGAGGCAACCGGCGGCCACACACACGCAACAAUCACGGAAGAAACGGCCCGAAGACUUCAGGUUUGGCAAGAUCUUGGGCGAAGGUUCUUUCUCCACGGUUGUGUUGGCGCGUGAGAUUACCACUGGGAAAGAAUAUGCCAUUAAAAUCCUGGAGAAGCGACACAUCAUCAAGGAGAACAAGGUGCCAUACGUGACCAGAGAGCGGGACAUUAUGUCACGGCUGGAUCAGCCUUUCUUUGUAAAACUCUACUUUACCUUUCAGGAUGAUGAAAAGCUCUAUUUUGGCCUCAGCUAUGCUAAAAAUGGAGAGCUGCUCAAAUACAUUCGGAAGCAGGGCUCGUUCGAUGAGAACUGCACACGAUUUUACUCUGCUGAGAUCGUCUCAGCACUAGAAUACUUACAUGGGAUCGGGAUUAUACACAGGGACCUUAAACCGGAGAAUAUUUUACUCAGUGAGGACAUGCACAUUCAGAUCACAGAUUUUGGAACAGCAAAAGUAUUGCCUUCAGAUACUACACAAGCACGAGCAAAUUCCUUUGUGGGAACGGCACAGUACGUCUCCCCUGAGCUGCUGACUGAGCAAUCUGCCUGUAAAAGUUCUGACCUCUGGGCUCUUGGCUGUAUUAUAUACCAACUGGUUGCUGGGCUGCCACCAUUCCGAGCUGGAAACGAGUAUCUGAUAUUCCAAAAGAUCAUUAAGUUGGAUUACGAAUUCCCCGAGAAGUUUUUUCCAAAAGCUAAAGAUUUAGUAAAGAAGCUUCUGGUGUUGGAGCUCACGAAGCGUCUGGGCUGUGAAGAGAUGGGGAGCUACACACCCCUCAAAGCUCACCCAUUUUUCGAGGCAAUAUCCUGGGAGAAUCUUCACCUCCAGACGCCUCCCAAGCUCACCGCUUACCUGCCAGCCAUGUCCGAGGACGACGAGGAUUGCUAUGGCAAUUACGAUGAUCUUCUCAGCCAGUUUGGUUGUAUGCAAGUGGCCCCCUCGAUCUCCACACAGUCGCCGUCGCCCCCAGAGCCCAGCCCCCCCCAGCGCUCGGACAGCAACAUCGAGCAGUACAUCCACGACCUGAACGACAACUCUUUCGAGCUGGACCUGCAGUUCACAGAGGAGGACAAGAGGCUACUGCUGGAAAAGCAGGCCAACAGAAACCCGUGGCACCAGUUUGUAGAAAACAAUUUAAUUCUGAAGAUGGGGCCAGUUGAUAAAAGAAAGGGCCUCUUUGCCCGGCGUCGGCAGCUACUGCUCACCGAGGGACCUCACCUCUACUACGUGGAUCCCGUCAACAAGGUCCUGAAAGGCGAGAUUCCCUGGUCCCAGGAACUGCGCCCAGAGCCCAAGAAUUUCAAAACCUUUUUUGUUCAUACACCUAACCGGACAUAUUACUUAAUGGAUCCCAGCGGCAACGCCCACAAAUGGUGCCGGAAGAUCCAGGAGGUUUGGCGACGGCAAUACCAGAGCGUGUAGAGCCAUGCCGCGUCCAGCAUCGGCAGCCAGGCCUCUGCCCCGCCGCCCUGGACUGGCCAGCCAUCUCGCUGUGGCGCGGCAACAAGAGACCUCCCUCCCCUGGCCCACACGGCCCUUCCCCUGGCCCACACGGCCCCUCCCCUCACUCCUCCCACAACAAAUGACCUGCGAUAUGGGAGCAGAGGGAAAGCUCCAAGCUGUUUUAUUUUUCCUCCUCUCCAGAUGAACACGAGUGUAAUCCAGGCUUUGCCCCCGGCUCUCUGCUUUUUGUUGAGGCUUCUGCACCCACCCCACCCCCACUCACCUGCGUGCGUUGGAGGCUUGGGAAGCCCCAACUCCAAGCAGGGCUUCCCAGUGACCCAUCCCUCUCCUUCACGCUCACAAACAACCCAUUCCAUUUCCCCACGUCCCCGCUCGCUGUCACCGCCGGGGGAGGAGCGGAGUGUCUGCAAGUUUCUGUGUUAAGUUAUUUAAGAGCCUCUUUGCCAUCGCCAUGA